GCGCUAUCAGUUGAUACAGUCACUCCGCGUUGGCGCUCCGCUCCGCACGCCCGCGAACACGCGCUUUGCAUUAUACAAUUAGCACAGUGAGAACAAAUCAGUACGCAGGUACCUACAUACUCUACGAAGUUGUCUAGUGCAAACGCGAAUUCUCUAAAGACCGACAGCGAGGUCCAUUUUUUUUAAAUAAACAUUGACUGACUUGUAAUGAAAAAAAAACCCUAAUAGACAACAGCUGUUUGUUCGACGCAGCUCGUGGAAUACUCCAGUUACUUUUUACAUAAAUUUGCAUAAAGUUAAUUGCUAAAAAAAUAUCAAAAUAGUCUGAAAUUGAGUUUCUGUGCGCCUUAAAAAACUCUGAAGGAAAUAACGCAGAUAAGCACAUAUGUUCUGAGCGAAAAAUGAUGUGGGUUUGGCAAAUGCACAUUAGAGGAGAGAAAGCGGAAUCAUGAGCACGACCUCGCCCAAGUCUUCGCUGGCUAAGCUUGGGCUGUACCCCAAGCCCAAGCCUUUCAAGAUUAUGGUCCUGGGACAAUCGGGCGUCGGGAAAUCUGCUUUAGUGGUGCGAUUCAUCACCCGGCGAUUCAUCGGGGAAUAUGAUCCCAAUUUGGAGAAGAUUUAUGCCUUUCAAUCUGUAAUUGACAACGAGAUGGUAUAUUUUGAAAUAUUGGACUCUGCGGGGAAUCCUCAUGUGAGUUAUGAGAGCGAGUACACAAAUAUGGAGAGCAACAUCAGGUGGGCGGAGGCGUUCAUCCUCAUGUACUCCGUGACGGACAAGUGCUCCUUCGACGAGUGCCAUCGUCUCAAGUUCCUAAUCAACUAUAACAAAAGGCGGCGCAGGAUAGCUUCAUCUAUCAAGGGUAGCGUACUGGAGACGCCAGUGGUGCUGGUUGGCAACAAGGUGGACCAGAUCGGCGACCGCAUGGUGUCCACCGAGGAGGGCCAGCGCCGCUGCAAGGAGAUUGGCUGCGUGUGCUUCCACGAGAUCUCCGUCCGCGAGAGCAUCGACCAGGCGAGUGUUGCGUAGAGUAGCAAAGACCACCUCAACUACUAG